AUGGACACCUUUCGCCAGAUUUUGCAAUCAGCCCGCCAAUCCAACUUUGGGCGGUACAUUGCGCAAGAAGAUGCGGUCUUUGAAUCCGUGGCGGAGGCUGUCCUGCAACACAUGAGCCAGUACGAUGCCUCCCACGACUUCCACCACAUCCUGCGCGUCGUAGCCCUAUCCCAGAAGAUCCUCGCCGCCGAAUUCGAGUGCGAGUCCGAGCGACACGAAUGGUAUAGGCCGGACAUGAUCCUUUUGAGCGCCCUUCUUCACGACGUCAACGACAAGAAAUACGCACCACCCGCGUCCCCCUCCGGGACGCAGUUGUCCAAAGUGGCUCUGGUGCUGCAAAAAGCCGGAAUCGCGGAAGAAGACAUUGCCCACGUCGAGGAGGUGGUGAACCAUGUCUCCUACUCGACGGAAGUCCAGAACCCGGAGAAGGUGACGGAGGUUCUCGAGGACUAUCCGGACCUCGCCGUGGUGCAAGAUGCCGAUCGCUUGGAUGCUCUGGGCGCCAUUGGGGUGGGCAGAAUGUUUACCUAUGGGGGCGCGAGGGUCCCGGAUGCUAGCAUGCAGCGAUCGAGGGCUCAUAUCGAUGAGAAGUUGGUCAAGCUGGAGGGGAUGAUGAAGACCGAAGCCGGGCUGAAGAUGGCGAAGGAACGGACGGAGCGACUGGUGCUUUUCAGCAAAUGGUGGGAUGAGGAGGCUGCCUUGUUCGAGCCAGAAGCCUAG